GGUGGACAGUCAGACAUGUUGCCUGUGCUUCUGCUUCUCUGCGUGGCUGGAGGAGUUUGGGGUUCCUCCCCCGGAGUGUGGGGGUACGGACGGGUCCAGGACAGACAGGGGCCGCCGGCAUCCCUUUGCCCGUCUCCAUGUCAGUGUGAGGAAGAUGGGAUAUUCGUCAUGGCCGACUGCUCGGAGUUGGGACUAUCAGCUGUGCCAGCCAACCUCAGCCCCCUCACCACUUACCUGGAUCUGAGCAUGAAUAACAUCAGCGAGAUCCAGCCCAGAGCCUUCCACCGACUGCACCUGCUAUCAGAACUGCGUAUCUCAGGGAACCAGCUGAGGUAUAUCUCAGGCCACGCUCUCCAGGGUCUCCACAACCUCAAAGUUCUAAUGCUGCAAAACAACCAGCUGGAGAGUCUUCCAGAUGAUGCUCCAUGGGACCUGCCCAACCUACUGUCCUUGCGUCUGGAUGCUAACCUGUUGUCUGAGGUUCCGGCCGGGACCUUUCGAGGGGUUCGCUCCCUGAGACAUCUGUGGUUGGACGACAACUCCCUCACCGAGAUCCCCGUCUCGGCCCUGGACUCCCUGCCCGCCCUGCAGGCCAUGACGCUGGCCCUCAACCAGAUCACAUAUAUCCCAGAUUAUGCAUUCACCAAUCUCUCCGCCCUUGUUGUGCUCCAUCUCCAUAACAACCAGAUCCAGAGCAUGGGCGCGAGGUGUUUUGAAGGUCUACACAGUCUAGAGACACUAGAUUUAAACUACAACGAUCUGCAGGAGUUCCCUGUGGCCAUCAGGACACUCAGUAAGCUGCAGGAACUGGGCUUCCAUAACAACAAUAUCAAAGCCAUCCCUGAGAGGGCCUUCGUGGGAAACCCUCAGCUCCAAACCAUUCACUUCUACGAGAACCCCAUCCAGUUUGUGGGAAAAUCCGCUUUCCAGUUCUUACCCAAGCUGCACACACUUUCACUUAACGGAGCAACCCAGAUUCGUGAGUUUCCUGAUCUGAAAGGAACCACCAGCCUGGAAAUUUUGACGCUGACCCGGGCUGGUCUCUCAGCUCUCCCUCUGGAUCUAUGUGAGCAGCUGCCUCGCCUCAGAGUGCUGGAGCUGUCUUACAACCAGAUAGAGGAUCUGCCCAGUUUUUACCACUGCUCCGCCCUGCAAGAGAUAGGGCUACAGCACAACCUAAUCAGGAGGAUAGAGUCGAGCACCUUCAAGCAGCUCACCUCUCUCAGAGCACUUGAUCUGAGCUGGAACAUGAUCGAGUGGAUUCACCCGGACACCUUUGCUUCUCUUCACUCUCUGAUCAAACUGGACUUGACAGAGAACCGUCUAAGUUCAGUCCCCGUUGCAGGACUGGCCGGGCUCACCCAUCUCAAGCUGAAGGGCAACACCGAUUUAUACGGCGCUUUCAGCCCUGAUCAUUUUCCCCGUAUGAGGGUGAUAGAGAUGCCUUACGCCUACCAGUGCUGUGUAUAUGGCUCCUGUGACACCUACAAGCCAGCCAGUCAGUGGGACACAGAGCAAAGCAGCACCGAUGAGGACCUACACAAGAGGACUGUGGCCAUGUACCCAAUCCAUGCUGACACACACUAUGACCCUGACCUGGAGGAGUUCCAACUGGAAAUAGAAGAAUCCAAACUACAGACCAGCGUCCAAUGCACACCCACGCCAGGUCCUUUCCGUCCCUGCGACUCUCUGCUGGGCAGCUGGCUGGUCCGUGUGGGCCUGUGGUCCAUCUCCCUGGUGUCUCUGCUGGGGAACUCCAUCCUGCUCCUGUCCCUCUUCGGCUCGCCUGGCUACCUGUCGCCGCUCCGCUUCACUGUAGCCUGCAUGGGCGCCUCCAAUCUCCUGACAGGUGUGUGCACGUGCACCCUGACCCUUGUGGAUGCUCUUACCCUGGGAGAGUUUGGUCACCAUGGUGCCCGCUGGGAGGGGGGUCCGGGGUGUCAGGCCACAGGAUGGGUCUGGGUGUUUGCGUCUGAGGCGAGCGUAUUGCUGCUGACUCUCGCGGCUGUGCAGUGUGGCGUGAGCGUGACAUGCGCCCGGGCCUAUGGGAAGUCACCAUCUCUCGGAAGUGUACGCACGUGUGCACUGUUCUGCCUCACUCUCUCCCUCACCCUGGCCUCUCUCCCACUCGUAGGCGUCGGGGAAUAUGGGUCCUCACCUUUCUGCCUUCCCUCACCUCUACCACCCCCGUCCUCUCGGCUGCCCUCCUCCCUGGGCUUCCCCUUGGCGCUCAUUAUGAUGAACACCCUGUGCUUGCUUAUAGUCACAGGUUCAUACAUCCGCCUUUAUUGGGAGUUACUUAGGGGAGAGUGUGAGGGCUUGUGGGACUGCGCCAUGAUCAAACACGUUGCCUGGCUGAUAUUCACCAAUGGCCUCCUCUAUGUACCGGUAGCUUUCCUCUCCCUCUGCUCCCUCUUGGGUCUCCUCUCUCUCGGGGAGGAGGUGCUGAAAUCGACCCUCCUGCUUCUCCAGCCCCUGCCUGCCUGCCUCAACCCCCUCCUCUUCCUACUCUUCACACGGGACCACACGCAGAUCUUCUUCUGGUCUCGCCCCAAAGCACGUCCGCAGCUACGCCGGGACCACACCCUGGAUUCGCUGGUUUCUGUGGAGACGGAGAAGAGCUCCUGCUCCGACUCGUCGACACAGACAUCACUCUCCGAUGCUGAUGUUCUGUACAGCGAGGGGUCCUCUCUCCAGCCCAGACUAGAUCCAAUACGAUUUUCCCACUGCUCCUCUACCUCCUCUGUCCCCCUCAUCCCUUGCCAGAUUCCCACUCCUGCUGCCAGAGAUAGAGACAGAGCGACAGAACGGGGAGGCCUGAGCGAGGAUGGAUGUCUGAGGAGUUUGGACCAAGAUGGGAUUCAUAACACUUGCCCUCUGUAUUACUCCACCAUGACCCCCUCUCUCAGCUCUCAUCCAUGA